AUGAGUGACAAUCAAACAGUGACUAACAUCGAAGUUUUACCCAACGAAAUUCUAAUCGAAUGUUUCCAAUAUCUCGAUGCUUUACAAAUCUUUUCUUCAUUUGAUCAAUUGAAUUCUCGUUUCAACGAACUCAUUCGACGUACUCCAUUAUAUGUCGAUUUUCGAAAUUUCUCACCGUCACUAUGUCAACAAAUUUGUGAAGCAAUGUUACUUGAUCCUACAAUGAAGGAAUACAUUUAUUCGUUGCACUUAUCCAACAAAGAUACCGGUAUGCGGAUUGAAUCAUUUCGUCGAAUGUUUGCGCUGGAAGAAUUUUCACGUCUACAAUCGUUAACUUUGAUCGGCGUCAAUCAGCUAAGUUAUGAAAUACUCAUGCUAAUGCUGGCCUCUAUGACUUCAUUGACAUGUUUUCAUCUAAAAGAUUCCAAUAUUGAUCUUGAUGAGAUAGUUUCUUCAUUGCAUCGUUCUAUAAUACAAAUAAUAACUCUUCCUCGAUUACCAAAGGAUUUAACAUUGUUAGGACACUUUGCAUCCCUAAGAAGUUUUACUAUUGAUACUUGCAAUGCAUGGCAAUUAAUCCAAGUAUUGAAUGCUAUACCCACUUUAAAAUAUCUUCAAAUCAAUUACUUAUCGAGAGAAGUAGCGGAAUCUGACAAAAUAAACCUUAAAAAAUUUACUCACUCUCUUCGACAUUUGGUAAUUAACAAGACUACGUUUAAGGUGUGUGACAUUAAAAUGAUAAUAGCACACACACCAAAUUUAAAUCGGCUUACAUUAUUUGCUGAUUUCAUCUAUGAUCUCUUCGAGUGUCAGAAAUGGGAACGUCUGUUUCACACUUAUUUAUCACAUUUGAAGGUUUUCCAGUUUUGCUUUCAAUUUAACCACAAAGGGUAUCAGUCAAAUGUGGAAGAAAGGUUACAAGCAUUUCAUAAUUACUUUCAGCGCUACGUCCAUAGCAGAUUCAUCGAAAGCAUGUUAUCAUGCGAUAAAGCAAUGAUCUGUACCGUACCCUACGCAUUUGCGACAUUCGAAUUAUACUCAGGUAUGAAUCGAUAUCAUGAGCUGGCAAUUGACCACCAAAAUAUGUUUAGUAAUGUCACACAAUUAACGAUCCAUCAGAAUUCGAUGAAAACAGAUGAACGCUACUCUUCAUUUUCUUUCCUGAGAUCAGAAAGAUGGUCUUUCGUUCGAGAAUAUAUGUUGGGACCUCUGAAAGCGAAUGACAUACUAUCAAUGGUCAAAAAUUUCUCUCAUGUGAAAUAUUUAGAUGUUUCACACGUUUUCAAAUUCGAGAGUCCAUCCGUACUUGUGGAAAUCUUGAGAGAAACUCCACGUGUAUCUUCAUUAACAAUUUCUUUUGACACAGUCAACUCGUCGCUGAAUGAUGAUGAAUUAUGCCAAUAUUUGAAGCGAAUGAUUCGAAACCUACAUAUUACGAAAUUAUGGAAUUUCUUAAGAUUAAGACAUGAUGACAUUCAACUGAAAUUCUGUGAAGUAUUUUCAAAUCUUGAUCAACUCACAUGUACUGUGCAGAAGACAUGUCAGAUGAUAUUUCUCUUAACUCAUUUACCGAAAUUAUUACGAGCACAAUUCAUUGUUACUGAAUGGAAUCCAUAUAUUGACAUAUCAUCAUUGAAUACGUGUCUACGUGAAUCAGAUAUACAUGUUGACAUCGUGUAUGGUGAAGAUAAGCCUCAACAAAUUACAUUUUUCAUAGAUAGGGAGAUGACCGACAAUUCGACAACCAGUUCUACACAAUAA